GACAUGUCAACACUGUCAUGCCAAGCAGCCUUACAAGCAGAAGCUGGAGAAAAGAAAGCAACGAUAUGCUGAAGAAUGGAUCUCCAAGCAAAGAAAAAACGGCAGUGUCAAUAAAGUCUAUGAUGCCACAUAUCUUCUGCUGUUCUUGACAACAGACAGUCUUGAAUUGUCAAUAGUGGAUACAGAUCAGUGUAUAUAACAUAUUCAGUAGAGGUCCUGUCGUUGACGCAGACUGAUGGGUGUAUGACUGCGAGAAAGAUUUGAAAUCAGAUACACCUGUUUACUUGUUGUUCUUUUGGAUAUUGAAACAAAAGGAUACAAACGCCUUAUAUUUCAAGACGAAUGGACAGGAGAAAUGAAUAAAACACCAACCUCCGUGAUGCUGCACAUUAUAUUUGACAUUAUGUUGAUAAGCUGGUUGAAGCCUGAAGAACUGACCUAAGAUUGGCUCCACAAGUGGGAAAUUUUAGAUCGAUACCCAGUCACCCUCCUUGCCAAGAGAACAACACACGGUUUUUCUGCUGAGUGCUUGUGUCCGUGGCAGAUGGACUCGGAGGAUGUUAAGGAUGCCUUUGAUAAAAUAAAGCGGAUAUAUGAAAGUCUUCUUAACGGAUUGCAGGGAGAUGUGCGUGUCACGUUCUUCAAAGGUCCGCCUGGAAACAAGAAGAAGCCAUCUGAUCGAAGAACAGUGUCUGUGACACAUGAACCGGCGGAACCAAAGAGUGCGGACACGUUAGUCAUAAAGACAGAGAAUUCACCACUAAACCAAGAUGCUCUCCAUUCAAACAUCACAGUGGCUCUGACGAACGCACCAACAGGAUUUAACAGUGAGGACACAUCAGUAAUAAAGACAGAGAGUUUACCACUAGACCAAGAUGUUCUUCCUUCUAAAAGCACAGCUCUUGCCCCCUCUGCUGGUUUUAAACCGGCUCCUGCGAAGUCGUGGAGUUCCCCACGAAACCGAAAAGAAACGAGGAACGCUAGUGAAUGCUCGAUUCAUCAAGAGGAAACCAGUUUCCCCUCCAAAAAAAUACAGAGGAGAAGAAUCCGAGAGGAGAGCGAAGGUGAGGGACUCUUAACCCUUGUUCAUGUGGAGCCGGAGUCCCAGGCAUCGACCAGCGGCAGCAGCAUCCAGUCUGUGUCUCCUCUGCCCGUCUCCGCUAGAUGUGCCUCCGGGGGAAGGAGGAGCGCAGAGCCAGAACUCCAUGAAUUCCAGAAGAGCUUUCCGAGUAAUCCCAAAGACUAUGAUGAACUUUAUUUCAUGAGUCUUGUUGGAAUAUUCAAAAGAUUGUCUCAAAGGAAAAAAGCAGAAGUGCGGAUGAAAAUCGAGCGCAUUCUCUAUGAAGCAGAGUUUGAGUGAGUAAAUGAGUUGUAUGGUCGUAGCGAACGGGUGACCGACAGACACGUUCUCGUUCCUUGUGUAGUCUUUGUCUGAUCGUCUGCGACAGCGUCUGUGUUUUGUGUUGAAUUUUCGUUAAACGUAAUUGUGUUUUUGUUAUAGCUCCACGAAGAAAUAAAUGAUUGUAAAAAAGUUUUAAUAAAUGUGAAAAUUUA